AUGGCUCUUUGCUCCCCUUAUCGUAUAUUGGUCAAGCACUUGGCUAGGUUAGCAUCAGAUCACUGCCCUAUCCUACUCAACCUCUUUGAAUGUAAAGCUGAUUUCAAAAAACUGAUACGUUUUGAAGACAUUUGGAUAUCAAAUCCAGCCUCUUCUGCAUUGGUUAAGAAGGUUUGGAUGAAGCACACAGCUGGAGAUUAUAGUCAAAUCCUUAAUCUGAAAUUGAGAAAAACUUUGAAAGCUCUUUUUUACUGGAAUAAGGAGAAUAAUAUAAGUUUGCUUAACUCCAAAGAGAUAAUCCUUGGUGAUAUCCUGAAAUUGCAAGAUAGAGAAUGCAAAGACGGUUUGUUAUCAGAUGAAGAUUCAUGGCUCCUUAAAUCCAAAGUUUCUGAAUAUAAUUAUGUAUUAGCCAAAAUCAACACUUGGUGGAGACAAAGAGCUAAAAUCAAAUGGGCAACCCAAGGGGAUAGCAAUACAAAAUUCUUUCACACUUUUGCAAGUGCUAGGAAGAUUGCCAACUUCAUCAAUUAUAUUAUUAAUAACAACGGCCAGUUGGUUGAAGAUCAACACCAAAUUGAAGACUCUAUAGUAAGUUUUUUUGAAAACAAAUGGAGAGACAGGACUUGCAACUUUGAUGGUUGGCCCAAUCCAAUAUCUCAACUGAAUGAAGAAGAAGCUUUCAGCCUCAAUACAGAAUUCAGCUUGAUGGAAUUGGAAACUAUUUUCAUGCAAGCAGGCAAUUUCACAGCUCCUGGAUUUGAUGGUUCCAUUGCCUGGAAAAUUAUCAAAGAUGGAGGUGCUUCACUUAAGCCAAUUGUUAGAUGGGAGAUAGCUAAUGGAAGACUUACAAAUGUUUACAGUGACAUUUGGAUAUUGGAUAAAACACUAAACAAAUGGCCUACAUUUGUUAAUUCUUUACUUCACGAAGAUACCAAUGUGGAUAAAUUAAUCUCUGGUAAUUUAUGGAAUUCUGCUGAACUUAAUGCUUACUUCGGCAAAGAGUUGGUGGAUCUGAUUUGUUAA